AUGAGUAACACCGGAACCUGGGCGAAAGAGUACUAUGAUGGCUCCCAGCUCUAUCCCGAUCACCGCACAGUUCUUGUUCACAAGUUAGCCAAGCCUACUUUGGCCGAAUCCUUCAAUCUCUCCACGGAGCCAUGGCGCGCAAAAUGGAAAGGAUAUCUCGAUCCAACAAAGCCCUACGUACUCUUUGAAAAAGGUGAUUUGAACCAGUUGGGAUUCUCAUGCCCUGAUGAUCCCAAUGCCGACUUGUUUCUACCGCUCCAGUUUCUAGUGGACAUGAGCAGCAAGCAGUAUGACUGGAACACCGGAUAUAAACUUAAAGACUCGAAUAACAAAGACUUGUAUGGCAUCGUGGGUAGAACUCAGCAAGGGAAACUCAUGGCUGCAUUAUCAACGCAGGUUUUGGACUCGGCUUCCAACUCACAGAAGCUGAAAGAUGUCAUCGACAAAGAAAUGUGCUACUGGCAUACAGUAGAGACCGCGAACUCGUUUCGAUCAGUUGAUCCUAAUAAUGGCCUGACUCUGCUCAUUAGACCUGUUGGGACAUAUAACGGCAUCACGGAUGGCCAAGUAGUGAAUGCCUUUAAGCGUGUCACUUCUCAAAUGACGUUUCAUACAACUUAUAUCUUCGCGCCAGAGGCGGGAAAGACAUUGGCUGACUAUACAUUGCUAUGGACAAGCCCAUUCUCUCUUUAUGAGACCUGGAUACGUACCGAUGAAAUCUUGUCAAAGAUUGAAGAAGAUCGACCAUUCCCUCAGGGAUCUGUCUCUGUUGGGACUACACUAACAGAAUGGGCCAAGGGCGUUUACAAAGUAGCCCAGAAAACUCCAUCGGAUCCCGUUGCUCAAAUUGGAUUAACUUACGAACAAUUCCUUGCCGGGGUUAAACAAGGCGCCGGAACGCCUACUGAAAUCAAUGCCGACAAGAUUGAAGAAGCUGUAGGGAAGCGCAAAGAGGUGAAACCCCAGAAAUCGGCAAUGGGAGGCCUGUCUGCCACCGACUUAACUACCCUUUUUGGCUGGAACGCCCCUGCGCCUACAGGAUUAUCUAAAGCCGAGUGGCUUCAUCUGAUUGCUUUUUCUUUCGGUGGGAUAGGAGCGGGUAAUAGUUAUCAUCACAGUCAGCUUUCGUUGAACUUCAUAUUCGGCACUGCUGAGUGCAAUUCGCUUAUGUAUAGAUACGAGAGCAGCUGGCAGGUUCUAUACAAAUACGAGGCAGAACUAAGAAAGCUUUCUCAAAAGGCUGGGCCUCAAGGACAAGUCCAGGCUCAACUCAACGAUGGCCUCACUGUCAAGCCAUUACACCCUCUAAGUGGCGCUCAGUGGAUAUUCGGAAAUAACCCAAAUGGCCUGCAUGAAACGUUAGCAAAGAGUUUCCCCUGGCUUUGCUACGCACUGCAAUACCAUAUCACCAUGGAUGAAUGCUUGGUUUUUAGCAAAGCCAAUACAUUUGAUCAAGUGGUGGAUUUCUUUCCCUUUACUCGUCCUUUCUUUACAAAGGCAGAGGCUUUAGUUGAUAGGUUUCUACUUGAUGAGCUAUACUACAAGCGAAGAACCGCUAUCAAGGAGGAAAUUGCCAACGCCAACGCCAACAACGCCCCCUAA